CCCGGGAGCGUGGCCUGAGUCAUCCCCAGCGCCCCGGCUGCUUCAUUCUCCCGACCCCGCCUCGGCCCUCCUCCGGCUUCCAUCCCGGCCUUGGGCCUGCCCUCCCCGCCCCUUCUCUGUGCUUGGCAGCGUGCGUGCCUUCCCCGCCUCCUCCGCACUUUCUCCUUCCUUCUUCCGUGCGCUUAGUUAGUCAGUCAGUCAGUCUCCUGCUGGACGUUUCCUGGCGAAAUUCUACUUGCCAAAAAAGCGGGUGGCUGAGUGACGGGGAAACGGUGUUGCUCCGUCUGUGCGGUGAGGUGGUGACUCACUGAACGGUUUUUGAGCAGCUAGGAAAAAAAGCUUAGGGAAAGGGCCUGUUGGCUCCAUCCAUCGGGAUGCUUGCUGCCCCUUGGGGAAAGCCCGAGUUCAAAGGUGACCCCAGACUCUUACCAGCCUCGUCACUUAACCUGUCGGCUUUUCCUAAAAAAGAACAUGACAAUAACACGCGCCUCCUAGAAUUGUGAGGAUAAAAGGAAACAUUCGUAAGGAAACGUCUGGUAGACUAAGCACAUGGAAGAAGGAAGGCGUGGAGAAAGCAGGAGAGAUUAAAGGAAGUCCAGAGGAGGUGUCCUUUUUGCCAGUGUCAGAUUAUAUUAGAUGCUAUCUUGGGACCUUAAAAAUGGAGACAGUGGAAGUGACGGGAGUAUCUAUGAAACGUUCUCUUUCCAGUGAUGAUCUAGCUCAAGCUGAUGAAGCUAAAAGACAAAAGGUCUCAGAAUGUCAUUUAGCUAAAGACCAAGAGACUUUGGAUAAUGACUGUGUCCUGAGCAAUGUGACCAGACAAUCUGAAACCACAACUGCUGGAAAAAGUAGAAAUAACGUUGAGGCCCAGAUUGAAGAAGAGGAGGAGGAGGAAGAUGGACUUUUGGAAGAGGAAGAAGAGGAGGAGGAUGGAGAGGGAGAGAGCUUUGCUGAUAUGAUGAAAUAUGGACUCACCGAGGUUGAUGUUGGUAUCACAAAGUUUGUGAGUUCUCAUCAAGGCUUCUCAGGAAUCUUAAAGGAGAGAUAUUCUGAUUUCAUUGUUCAUGAAAUAGGGAAAGAUGGCCAUAUAAGCCAUUUGGAUAACUUAUCUGUGCCAGUGGAUGAUGAGGAUCCUUCUGAAGAUGCAUUUACUGUUUUGACAGAAGAAAAUAAGCAGCGUUUGGAGGAACUUCAGCUUUUUAAGAAUAAAGAAACUAGUGUAGCGAUUGAGGUUGUUGAAGACACCAAAGAGAAAAGAACUGUUAUCCAUCAAGCAGUGAAAUCUUUGUUUCCCGGAUUAGAGACAAAAACAGAGGAAAGAGAGGGGAAAAAAUAUAUUGUGGCUUACCAUGCAGCUGGAAAAAAGGCUUUGGCAAAGGUCAGAACCGCCACAGAUCCAAGAAAACAUUCUUGGCCAAAAUCUAGGGGAAGUUACUGCCACUUUGUUUUAUACAAGGAAAACAAGGACACCAUGGAUGCUAUUAAUGUACUCUCAAAAUUUUUGAGAGUUAAACCAAACAUAUUUUCCUACAUGGGAACCAAGGACAAAAGGGCUAUAACUGUUCAAGAGAUUGCCGUUCUUAAAAUAACUGCACAAAGACUUGCUCAUUUAAACAAGUGCUUAAUGAACUUCAAGCUGGGCAACUUCAGCUAUCAGAAAAAUCCUCUGAAGUUGGGAGAACUCCAGGGAAAUCAAUUCACUGUUGUCCUCAGAAACAUAACAGGAACUGACCAUCAAGUACAGCAAGCAAUGCACUCUCUCAAGGAAAUUGGAUUCAUCAACUACUAUGGGAUGCAACGGUUUGGAACCACAGCUGUCCCCACAUAUCAGGUUGGAAGAGCCAUCUUACAAAACUGUUGGGAUGAAGUCGUAGAUUUAAUAUUGAAACCUCGUCCUGGAGCCGAAAAGGGAUACUUGGUCAGAUGUAGAGAAGAGUGGGCCAAGACCAAAGAUCCUGAUGCUGCCCUCAAAAAACUACCUGUCAAAAGGUGUGUGGAAGGGCAGCUGCUUCGAGGACUUGCAAAAUAUGGACUGAAGAAUAUUGUAUCUGCAUUUGGCAUAAUACCAAGAAAUAAUCGUUUGAUGUAUAUUCAUAGUUAUCAGAGUUAUGUGUGGAAUAACAUGGUAAGCAAAAGAAUUGAAGAAUAUGGAUUGAAACCUGUUCCAGGGGAUCUUGUACUUAAAGGAGCUAUAGCCACAUACAUUGAGGAAGCAGAUGUUAAUUCCUACUCCAUCCAUGAUGUGGUAAUGCCUUUACCUGGUUUUGAUGUUAUCUACCCCAAACAUAAAAUCAGUGAGGCUUACAAGGACAUGCUAGCUGCAGAUCAUCUAAAUAUUGACAACAUGAAACAUAAAAUCCGAGAUUAUUCUCUAUCAGGUGCCUACCGAAAGAUCAUUAUUCGCCCUCAGAAUGUCAGCUGGGAGGUUGUUUCGUAUGAUGAUCCUAGAAUUCCACUUUUUAACACGGAUUUGGACAACCUAGAAGGAAAACCACCACCUGUGUUUGCUGCUGAAGGUAAAUACAGGGCCCUGAAGAUGGAUUUCUCACUCCCUCCUUCAACAUAUGCAACAAUGGCCAUUCGAGAAGUACUAAAAAUGGAUACAAGUAUCAAGAACCAAACACAGCUGAAUACUACUUGGCUCCGCUGAUGCUCUCCCUGAAGAUACAAGUAUGGAGGAAAGUGUCAGCAUCCUGCCUGGUUCACUGUUCUUUGUGUUCUGUUAGUACAAACUCCAUGUGGAUAAUUUGUAGUAAAAGUCUGUUUGUAUUUUUUUUCAAGUUUUUAUUAGCUUAAAUCAAUAAUUUGCAAUAUUGUACAAAUGUGCAAAUCUGGAGAACCUAACUAAAGUUUAAAACAAAAAAUUGGUUGGUUUAUUUUAACACAUACACACUCAUACUGACAUGCAGAGGCAAGAGGGGAAUAAUCGAAUCCACAAACAUUUAUUAAGUGUUUCCUGUAUUAUAGUUAUUGCACCUAAGCAUUAGAAAUACAAAGAAAGGCAAAAAUGUAAAGUCCCUGGUCUCAAACAAUUUACCUGAUAAUGAGGGAGACAGCACAUAAAUAAGUAGUAAAUAUGUACAUGUUUAAUAAUAUUAUACAAUACAGUGCAUACUAUAAUAAGUACAUAUAAAGUAGAAAGGAGGCUUUGGGGAGGCAGAUUUAAGUGACUGCCUCCUGAAUCUUGAAAAAAACCAAAAAUGAGGAAGAUGGAAGCAUUACAGCAAUGGAGGUUAGAGGUGUAUGUGUAGGGGGGAGGAAUCACUGUUGUAAUGAAGAAUAGUAAAUAGAGUGCUAGUCUUAGAAUCGAGAAAACUUCUUGCUUUUCUUUCAGAGGCCUUCAUAGUUAGGUGCCAUCCCCACCUUUCAGGUCUUCCCCAAAAUCAUCCUCCUGCACCCCCAAAUACUCUGCAAUCCAGUAACACUGGCCUUGCUGCUCCAUGCACAAAACCCUUCAUCUUCUGACUCUGGAUGUUUUCACCAACUGUCCCCAUACCUGUACUGUUCUCAGUCCUCAUCCCCAUCCUCCUCCUGGCUUCUUUUAAGUCUAACUAAAAUCCUACCUUCUACAGGAAGCCUUUCCUGAUCCCCCUGAACUCUCAUGCCUUAGCUGUUAAUUAGCUCUAAUUUGCUAUAUAUAUUUGUUCAUACAUGAUUAAUUGUAUGUUAUGUUGCCUAUUAGACUGUGAGCUCCCUGAGAGACAAUAGGAAUUGUCUUUGUUUUUCUUGAACCUUUAGCAUAGUGGCUGGCAAAAAGUAGGCAUUUAAUGUUUAUGGGCAGGGGCUGCUGGGUGUUGUAAUAGAUAGAGAGCACCAGCCCUGAAGUCAGGAGGAUCCAAGUUCAGAUCUGGCCUCAGACAC